GAUAUGUAUGUGUCAAUUGAAGUAUGUAUGACCAUGUGUGUGAAUUAUCCCCAGUCUGUCUGCAGCCCGGCCGAUAAAACGCCCCCUGCAUGCUACGCUACGCACAAGCCAUCGAUAGUCUACACGAAGCGGGCACUGCAACCGCUUGCUUGAAACCAAAGCCGCCCUUCCUCACUGUUGGCAACAGACAAAUCUCUCGCCCGACUCUCUCUGUACACGUAAAGCAGUCAGCCAGUGCAUUAAUGCGCCGCCUCAUCCCACUCCCCCUCCCCCUCCCGCCAUCUAUCGACAUGCAGGGAUGAGCCAUUUCCAUCUGUCUGUCUGUCUAAGCCUCACUGCUUUCGGCGCUCUCGUCUUCCUUGACCUCCUUGCCGAGGAAUCGGGCCACGACGGGCGUCAGGGCGACGGUGGGAGGGAACCGAAUGGGCGACUCGGCCUUGUGCAGCGCGUACGCUAUGGCAAACGUGCCCUGAUGAAACGAACACCCACAAGCCAGCCAUUUACUCUGCUCUGUGUUUGUCCCGUGCUGCCUCCUCUUCUUGAGCCACUCACUCACCGCCUUGUCGCCGAGUGCCCCGACUUGAAUGCCGAUCUUCGCCAGCAGUGCCGGCACGUCCACCCCGAUGUCGACCAGGUAGUAGUUGACCACCAGGCUCACCAAGGUCAGGCUGAUGGACGUAAUCAGAUACGCGCUCCCAUACUUCUUGAGCAACUCGCCCGCCGACGCCCGCCGGCUGCCCGGCUCGCCCUUCUUGUCGCGGAAUGUUCGCCAGAGGCCGUACUCGAGGCCGUACUUCUUGGUUGCCUCGUCAGGAGAGAUCUUCGCCUCCUCCUUUUUCUCUGCCUGGUCCUGGUUGACCGCCAUAUGGAACAGGCGGCCUCUCGAUGGCUGCAGGUCCCAUCGUCUGCUGCUUGCAUCAGUCACAGCUACCUUCUCGGAUGGCGGCAGCUGGCGUCGGCUCAAGAGCCGCGGUGGCGACACGUAGGCAUGGAUGGCUGACGGCAGGACAAGGCCCAGAAUGAAGAGGAAGGCUGACAGCAACGAUGCAGGCUGCAUUGGAAGACUACGAGCUUGAGCUGAAG